AUGGCUUCUCCUCAGAAAAUCCGUACCACCCUCACCGAUCUGCUCAAGAUCAACCACCCCGUCCUGCUGGCAGGUAUGAACGUGGCUGCCGGCCCUAAGCUGGCCGCUGCCGUCACCAACGCUGGUGGUCUCGGUGUCAUCGGUGGUGUCGGUUACACGCCCGAAAUGCUCCGGGAACAGGUUGACGAGCUCAAGAGCUAUCUCACGGACAAGAACGCUCCCUUCGGUGUCGACCUUCUCCUUCCCCAGGUUGGCGGCUCCGCUCGCAAGACCAACUACGACUACACCAAGGGUAAGCUCAACGAGCUGGUCGACAUCAUCAUCGAGAGCGGUGCCAAGCUCUUCGUUUCCGCCGUCGGUGUUCCCCCCAAGCACGUUGUCGAGAGACUCCACAAGGCCGGUAUCCUCUACAUGAACAUGAUCGGCCACCCCAAGCACGUCCAGAAGGCCCUCGAUGCCGGUGCCGAUAUCAUCUGCGCCCAGGGUGGUGAGGGCGGUGGUCACACCGGUGAUGUCCCCACCACUGUUCUCAUCCCUACCGUCGCCAAGCUCUGUGCUGGCAAGAAGAGCCCCAUGACCGGCCAGCCCGUCCAGGUUGUCGCCGCUGGUGGUCUCUUCAACGGCAACUCCCUCGCCGCCGCCCUCAUGCUGGGCGCUUCCGGCGUCUGGGUCGGUACCCGCUUCAUCCUGUCCGACGAGGCUGGCGCCCCCAAGGCCCACCAGGAGGCUGUCCGCACUGCCGGCUACGAGGAUAACAUCCGCACCAUCAUCUUCACUGGUCGUCCCCUCCGUGUCCGCAAUAACGCCUACAUCACCAACUGGGAGGAGAACCGCAAGGACGAGAUCAAGCAGCUCACCGCCAAGGGCAUCAUUCCUGUCGAGCACGACUUUGAGAACCUUCCCGACGAUGUCGAUGACGAGACCCUUGACAACGCCCGUCCCUUCCUGAUGGGCAAGGUUGCGGCCGUCGUCAACGAGAAGAAGCCCGCCAAGGCCAUCGUCGACGAGUUUGUUGACGAUGCCGCUGUUCUUCUCGCCAAGGGCCACAAGAUGCUCGCUAAGCUGUAA